AUGGAUGGAGGACCAUAUCCACAGAAUAUCGCCUCAAUGUCUACUCCUGCAACUCCUGUCCGUCGUCAUUCGCAGCAAAUAUCAGUUACACCGUCCAUGGUCAAGAAGUGCAGUCCAGAUUUAGAGGUUUUGAACAUUGACUGCUGCCCCUGCGCACCCGCACCCUUUCAACUUCUUAAGUUGGGGCUAUUUGCCUGUGCACCCAUAGCUCCAUCUCUUGCUGUUGACCUACGUGUACUAGAGCUCGUUAGGACUCUUUUUGUAUGGAUCACCCCCAAUACAACAGCUUGGUGUGAAGCAUUGGAAGUUUUUCUAACAGCUCGGGGUUACAAACUUUCUACAAAGGACAAUCUUCGCCGCCGCUUCAGUAACGCGUAUCAUUGGUACUCAGUCCUUGUGACGAAUGCUGGAGACCACGUAUACAGCCUCAUUUCACAACAUCUUCCUUCGCGUUCUUUGGGGGACGAAGUCUUGCCUGCACAACCAAGCGAUUAUCUCCGUUCACGUUGUCCAGUUUGUUUUGGAAUGCAGGAUUGGCAAAAGGAUCAUGGUUCCCAUCUCAAGCUAGAUUGCCAUGUAUGCAUCGAUGCAUGCUUCACACAGAAAUGGUCAGCCAAUUCACGUGGGGCCAAUGGCCUAGAUCCGCCAAACCCACCACGAUCUGUCUUCAUUUCGGACGAAGAGGUCACACAGAUGGAAGCUCACGUACGUGCCUGUCGAGGCUCCCUACCUGGUCGUGGAACAAAACACAAGAAGCCCAAAGGCGAUGAAGACAGGUACGAAGAUGGUAUGCGCAUCCCUGUAUCGACAUUGGAUGCCUGCAGGGAAUCCUUUCUUGCUGCCGACGAAAAACGGGAGAAAGCUAACACCUGUUUCUUUGCCGAUACAGGAAUCAUGGCCUGUCACAACCCAAAUAAUGAAUUAAUGCUUGGGUGUUACGACUGGGAUAGUUCUGCUGUUGCCGGUCAAGAUAGACCUAUCAGGCGAACAGUUCGUCGGCCUUCCUAA